ACCAACAAUCUCAACGCGAUACGAGACGAUUUUGUUUUUUAUUCCGUAAAUUAAUAAAAUUAAUCGUUAACGCCCCAUAAUGGUUGAUGAUUUGCGUAAAUAUUUGAACCAUUUACUGGAAAAAGUAAAUGGCUUACAUAGCAUAAUAAUAACGGACAGAGAUGGAGUCCCUCUGGUGCGGGCGGUGACUGAAAGGGCGCCGCAGCUCGCCCUGAGGCCUAAUUUCAUAUCAACGUUCGGUAUGGCGACUGAUCAGGCCAGUAAACUUGGCUUAGGAAGGAACAAGACUAUUAUAUCUAUGUAUUCCAGCUAUCAGGUGAUACAAAUGAACAAGCUGCCUCUAGUGAUAACUUUCAUCGGCAGCGACAACUGCAACACCGGCCACAUCCUGUCUCUAGAGAGUCAGAUAGAACCGUUCCUAAAAGACCUGGCUGCUGUCGUCCAGGAUGCACCUUGAGAGUGACUAAACUAGUUAACACAAACCAAGUCAGAUCAAGCUAUAGUCGGAUGGUUUUAAAAUCCGGGGAUUGAGAGAUUGCUAUUGCAUUUUAUUUUGCACACGUAAUUACUGGUUUAGCAUAAACAGGUAAUCUCUCAAGUGGAUUUCGACAUUUUAAAACCAUACGACUGUAAUUCUGUACAGACUUUGCAGUGACAGAGUGUGGCAUUUCCACCAAAAAGAGGAGUGGAAGGAGCAAUUUCACACUUUGUCAUUGUCAUUUCAAUGUUAAUGCAGUGAUAGCUUAUAAUAUUUUCCAAACUGAAUGGUAAAAUCAGUGGCAGUCCUAGAAUCAGUCAGUCUCAA